AUGUUCAGAUCACGAUUACUACCCAGGAGACCAUUCCUAUUAAGUUCUUAUGCAUCACUUAAUAAUCCUUCUAGCCUACAGCAGAGACGUACUUUGAAACUAUCAGCCAAUGCAGUUGCUGGAUUAAAAUCAUAUGGUACAAUAAUCAAUAUUCUUGCUGGAGCUUAUAUUGGAGGUUUGAUAGUAUCACUAGGGUCCUUCUACUUUCUAUACCAUGACGCAAAUGAACGUCAAACUAUUCCAUUUGAGAUAAGCUUUGAAGAUCAAAUUGAAGCUGUCAAGGCGAUAAAUAAAGAUGAUGUUUUGCAUAAACCAAACUAUGCUGUUAAACAUUACCGCAAAAUUUUAUUUGAUUUGGCCAAACAAACUGAUCCAACUAUCGAUGAUUCCCAAUUUGAAAGCUACAAUAUCCCUGUUAUUGAUUCACAAGUUUUGGUGUACGAUAAAUCCAACAAAUUUGCCAAUUUUUAUAUAGACAUGAUUUUGAGAUAUAGUAAAGCGCUUUUAGCUAAAGGUGAAUUGGACACUUCGAUUUCCACUUUGCGGAAAAUCAUUGAUAAUGAUUUGAUUUAUUAUAAGUUAGGCGAUGCUGAAAGACUAUCCGAAUGCAGUCGAUUAUUGGCCAAGGUGAGCUUGAAUCCUGAGGACAGGAUACAAAUACUACAAAGAUCGAUUGACAUGUUGUCCAAAACUUAUUCAUCUAUUCAAAUUAAUGAUGACUACACCUUGAAGCAAAACAGCAAAGUUUCAGAUGAGUUGAUAAAUUGUUUAAACGAUAUGGCUUUCCAAUUGGCUAAAGUGUCACAAGAAGCAUCAAAGAAGAAGCAAAAGUCAAUUCUCAAUGAGUCACUAGCAGUCUACUUAUCCACUUUACAAUCCUUGACAAGCAUUCGGGAAAAUUUGGAAACUCAUAAAGCUAAUCAAUCAAAUUAUCCGUUGUUCAAUGUUGAUCGAGAAAACUUGAUAACUCAAAUAUGUUCAAUAAAAGCUCACAUUAGUGAAAUACUUUGGGCUCAAGGCUUUAAGAAAGAUGCGAUAAAUUGGUCCGAAGAGAUUUUGAAUGAAUUGUAUUACGACCAUGCAUCAUCAUCAAAAGUAUCUCCCAUACUUGAAAAUGUAUUAGCGAAUUUAAUUGACAUGUAUUCCAUUGAAAAGAAACCUACCGAUAUAGAAAGAUGUCAAGAGUUGAAAAAGGGGUUGAAAAAGUUUGAGAAGUCAGAUGAUAUGGAAGGUAAACUUAAAGAUUGGUACGAGAGUGUGAUCAAUAGAUGGAGCAGAAUCAUAUAUGAUCAAGGUCCGUUGGGUAUCAUAUUGGUACCAUUACAGGAGAGAUACGGUCCUGCAAAAAAGAUUAGAGAGCUAGAAGAAAUAGAGAAGGAGGAUGAGUUGUAA